UGGUUUGUUAUUUAUUUCUUUUAAAAUGCAAAUCCUUUGAAAUAUUUCCUCUACAGAAACGGCGUUAUACGUUUACGGUUUCAGGCAAAAUGAGAACAAAAUAUCAUAAUUGGCAGGUUUUGAUUCCUCCUAUUAGGCGAAUGGAGCAAGCAAGCCUUUCAAUUUUUUUUCUUUAAAUUAAGUUGGAUCAUUAUCACAUUGCACCGUCAAACUGAUAAUUUUUCUUCCUGAGUAGAUGACGGUAACCAGAUCAUUCACAUUGUGACAUCUUUCAGAUCUUUCAGUAGUCACGUUCCCCAGUUUUAAACAAAGCUGUUACACUUUUCCUGUCACGUAACCGGAUAAAAAUCUCACAAUAAUAGUCUCCUUGUACGUGUCUCCAUAUUUUUCUUCCGCGUUUUCCAACAAGUACGAGAAUUUGUUACGUGUGAUAAAUAUUUAUUAUGACUGAAAGGCUUCGGUCACGAACACGUGCCAGUACGGCGCGCGUGGCACGGAAAAACAAAAUUCGCUGUGUCAUGAUCAUGAUCUAACAACAUGAAUCGUUCUACAGUCAUUUGAAGUACUCUUUUUGGAUGUACUUGGAGAAACACAUGCUUUCGUGUGCUUGCCUAGGGACUGUCGCCGGUCAUGUGUUGAAAAAGCGAAGAAUCCUUGAAACAAAAACGCAAGAAUGAAAUGGGGAACUCGUACCUGGAAAGGGACUUCAGAUUCCAGCGUGGAGUAUUUAGGAUCCAAAAUGAAAGCUUUGUCGCCGCCACUUGCUGAAGGACAACUAGAGGAGGUUUACAGCGUGCAAUGGAACGUAGGUUCCGAUAUGUAUUGGCAGUUUGGCGACAAGAAAAGUGCUCUUUUGGCGUACUUGACAGAGCACGGGCCUCGCGAAUUUCCACGCUUUAAGAAGGGGCUAAAACAGUUCAAACGAACAUUAGAAAGGCUUGCAGACGGUGACCCAGUCCCAAGCACCAUCGAAUUGACGAACGAAAAACCCAGCAACCUUAAGGCGUUCAUCACUGAGGUCGCCAGCCAUGUUAGCGUGGCAACAGUCUGUCUAAGGCAGCCAGGCCUGCGCAAGUUCUUCGCCGAAGGUAUCGGUAAGCACGUGUUGACCGCUUUAGAAAAGAAGCACUCGUGUUCGAUCGAGACGCUCGAUGAAAAACCAAUAGUUGUGUCCGACGACGAAGCCCAAUCCAGUGUCGUUAGGCCGCCUCUGUGUAUACUUGAUUUCAACAAAAUCCUUGAGGAUUUGGAGGUGGAUCCUCCCGAGAUUGUUGAUGAGGAGGCUCCCUUCGCCGACUGGAAGGAGAUGAUUUGGGAAGGCGCUUUAACAGAACUGUCACAAAGUGAAGUUCCAGAUACGAAUGACACUCCGUUACCAUCUGAAUCAGUAGUAGUCGUAAAUGGUGCGUUACCAUCUGAAUCAGCAGUAAUCGUGACUGAGCCUCCCUCGACGAUUGCGUUACAAAGCAAGGAGAGGUCUGAACCUGAGCCAGUUGACUCGUCCGAGUGCACGUGGAUCCAAAACACGCAAAUUCGUGUUUGCGCCGGUGACUUAACGAAAGAAGUGGUAGAUGCGAUAUUAAUAACAAAUAAAGAUAACCUGGACUUGAAUAAGGGAGGUCAGUUAAAUAAGCAUAUUAACCUAGCAGCCGGGCCAUCUGUGAAGAGUGAAUGCAAGCUUCUCAUCAAUGAAAAUGGUGCGCAGCUUCCUGGCAACGCUGUGAUGACGUCAGCAGGGAACCUCCCUUGUAAGAAAAUUGUACACGUUAUCGCUUACCCAGGCCCACCACAGAUCCUCGACCUUCAGCUGGGCGUGAAAACUGGGCUUCAGUUGGCUGACGAAAGGGGAAUGAGUUCCAUAGCUUUGCCAACUAUAGGCGCAGGGUGCAUGGGACUGACACCGUCAAACUCGGCCCGGGUUCUUUCAGGGGGAAUUUUGAGCUUUUUGGAGCGUCGCCCCCGAAACUUGCGCGAGAUCAGGAUUGUCCUGUAUGACGACAGUUUGUUGCCGAUAUUUGUCCAAGAAGUGACGAACGACUUUGCCCCUAUUAAGGCCCUUCAAGAGUAUUCUCCCCUCUCUACCGAACGGCUAGACGAAGACUGCAUCCCUCAGGUAACCAACCGGAAUACCGCGAUCAACGGAGGGAGAGCAAAGUAUCCGCCCGAUAAUACCUCGGCCGAGUUUCGUGUGUAUGGUAAAGAUAGGAAGACCGUCACAAGUGCUGUGAACAGUUUGCGCAAUGUUUUCGCGAAGCACCUAACAGUCCAAAGAGUUACGCAUAAGUUAGUCCCUGGUCUGUUUGAGAGCUCCUGGACGUGGCUUUGUGAGGUGGCAUCGAAACACCAGACAGAUCUCAAGAAUGAGGCGCACAAUAGUACCAUCAUCGUAAGCGGCAUUUCGGACGAUGUCGCCUCAGUGGUGGGAUGCAUUUGGCAAGAAAUCAGCAGGCUCGCGGAAAGUCAAAACAACCUUGAAAAGCGCAAACUGAUGUCGCAAUAUGUUCGAUGGCAUUACGUUAUUCUUGACAAGGAAAUCGCUGUCACUGAGAAACUCAGCUCUACGAUCGAGGAGGCAUUUAGUCAGGAAAAAGAAGGAGUGACGCUCUUUAUGGAUGACCACAAAUAUUGCGUGGAUUUUAAAUCGAUGACGGUCAAGGAAUUAUGUUGUAGCAAGUACCCACCGCUUCGAUUGAGACGAAAAAUACAAUCAGAUACUGGUGUUUUAAUGCCUGAUUCCUGGUCAGCACAACCGUGCUUCCCAGACGGAACUCCACAUCCCGUGGCCUUGGUUCCGGUAAAGAUAUCGGAUGAAGUGGAGUACAAAACCGUUGCCAACUUGUUCUACAACACUGGAGGUUACGGCGAUAUAGUCAGUAUUGAACGGGUCCAGAACCUAUGCCUUUACAAGCAGUACAUCGCGUACAAACAGGAAGUGGAACAAAAUAACUGCAGGUAUGGUAACAACAGAAACGAAUUGCAGCUCUUUCAUGGCACCAGUGGAUCAAACGUGAGCGCCAUAAACAGACAGGGAUUCAACAGGACCUUUUGCGGAAAGACGCACGGAGCUAUGUACGGGAAUGGAGUAUACUUUGCUUCAAGGGCCUCUUACUCCAUGGGCUAUACGGUUCCGGAUAUUUAUGGACUAAGGCACAUGUACCUAGCUCGAGUUGUGGUGGGUUUUUACGCCAUAGGUUACAAGGGACUUCUUGUGCCGCCUCCAUUGUUUGCUCAAUCACCCGAGGUGCUUUUCGAUUCGGUUGUAGACAACACGGCAAAUCCAAACGUGUAUGUGGUGUUUCGUGAUUCCCAAUGUUACCCGGAAUAUCUCAUUACUUUGAAAACUUAACUAACAAGUGCACAGCUCGGAUUCACUGCCAUCUCCCACGUGACUGGAAAGCUGUUGCGUGACACCAUCGCUUCUGACUACCGUUACUACACAUCCUUCCCACUGUAGCGAAAUAUUUUAUCAAAACAUGUAAAUGAGAACAAGCUUUUUGUUAUGAUUAAGUGGAAUUGUACAUUUUUAGCUAUUCUAACCCGUUUGGUUUUUAAAUUUGGUAAACAUAUGAAAAAUUUUCUUAAAUUUUCUCUUUCUUUUGCAUGCACAUAUUUCUUUUUCAUUCAAAGUUCAGCUUAACAACAACAGGUAUGUAUCUUAGCUUUUACUUGUGUCACACAAAUUUUUUUUUUCGACUUCCAAAGCUAGUAUAAUCAUACUAUGCAGUUUAAUAAAUACAUUAAAGUACUCUUCAAGAACUUUCGUUUGAAUGGUCACACACUGUGGUUCCAUUCUCAGACUUAAAAGUUAGAACCACCUUGUGCAGCAUAAUAAAA